GUGUUAUGUACACCACCUGUGUGCUUCCUGACUGUGGCAUCACUGUGGCUACAGUUGCCACGUCUGGCUCGGCAGAGGUCAUUUGCAUAUUUUAUGACUCCAGGUAAAAAGGCGAUGGGGAGCGUGAGAGGUAGGCGACGGAGCGUGAGAGGGAGAGAGGGAGAGGGAGCUGGUAAAAGUGCAGGAGUCAUAAGGCCCGGCAGCUCAAACCGGUCAUAUCCAUCUUCGGGCUCUGAGGUGUGCUGAUGGGCGAGAGGCAAACAGCUCGCAGAUGUGGAAUUGAAAAUGGGUCCUUGAGCCGGGCUUUCCCACAACACUCAUCCUACCCACACCGUCAACUUCUCUUUUCUUCGAGGGUUUAUUAAGUGGGCCAGUUGCCAUAGCAACGCUUUGGCAAGCUAUUGCCAGGAUAAGCCAUAAUGGGUCUCCUGACGCAGUUCACUCUGCUCCUGUGGAAGAACUUCACUCUGCGUAAGAGACAAAAGGUGCGACUGGUCGUUGAACUCAUAUGGCCUCUGUUUCUCUUCUUCAUACUGGUGUGGGUGCGGACCACCAACAAGCCAAUUUACAAAAGCCAAUGUCACUAUCCAAAUAAAGCCAUGCCGUCGGCCGGCGUGCUGCCGUGGCUUCAAGGUAUGAUCUGCAACAUCAACAACCCCUGUUUGAACUACCCGACGCCUGGGGAGGCACCAGGCCAAGUCAACAACUUCAACAACUCCAUAAUUGCUGGUGUGUUGAUAGAGCUGCAGAGCCUGGUGGAGAACAGAUCCAUUCUCAGGGAGGCAAAGUUGCUGGCGGACGACAUCGACCAGUGGUCCUCAGUCCUGUCACAGUCGAACCCUGGGAAUGCUCAACCAGUGACCCUGAAGAAUGUUCUGCGAGACGAUGAAACGUUCUCCAAGCACCUGAAAGAGAACUUGUCGGUGUCACCGGCAGUUGUGGAAAGCCUCUUAAAUGCCACGAUUUACCUCAACCCAGAACGACCGGGCGACCUGAGGACGCUCCUGUGCGACGGGACCGGUCUGGAUGAGUACGUCCAAUUUAGCAGCCAAGCUGAGAAGGAGGCUUUUCAAAAUGUCAGCUGCUCCCUCACUCGACAGCAGCUGAUUAACACCCAGCAAGUGCUCCGGCAAAACCUGGAUGUGAGCAAAAUGCUGUCUGAGGUGCCUCAAUCUCUGGGCCUGGAUGCAGCAGAUACCGUGAGACUGGUGGGGAGAACCACUCAAAAUGCUUUACCCGUGAUUGAGGAGCUGUCGAGGUUGCAGAACUCCAUGGUCUUUCAGGCGGCGCGUUCAUUGAAUUUCCAAGACGACAUGAUUGGCAGUAUCAAUAUGCUGCUGUGUGGAAAUCAGCCCGACUCUACCAAUAUGACCCUCAGUUUACGCUCACCUGGACAAAUGGAUAACAACGAGUCGAUCUCCAUUACGGGCAACAGUUCCGAUGCUUUUUGUCAGACCCUUGUCGACACCCUGGAGAGCACACCUGGUCUGCGCAACAUUUGGAGCACGUUCAAGCCCUUAGUACAAGGCAAAGUCCUCUACACACCCGACACACCUGCUGCCCGCCUGAUGGUGAACAAAGCAAAUGGCACAUUCCAAGCUUUGGCCACGUUGAAGGAGCUGGCCGAUUCGUGGGAGGAGCUUGGGCCCCGCAUCUGGGAUUUCUUUCAAAACAGCUCUCAAGUGAAUGCAUUACGGGCUCUGCUGGAGAACCCAGUGUUUGCUGCCGCCCUCGACCAGCGUCUCAACGGCACGGGAUGGACGGCCGAGCUGCUCGCCAACUUCCUGUACAAUGGGCCCCCGGAGGAUCGUCCACCUGGAAUGCCGACCAACGACUGGAGGGACGCUUUCAACGCCACCACUCAGAUCAUGAAGCUCAUCUCCAACUUCCUUGGCUGUUUAGACCUGAAUAAGUUUGAGGCAGUUCCCGAUGAAAGCCAUCUGGUGAGCAAAGCACUGGAGCUCCUGGACAACGACACGUACUGGGCCAGUGUCAUCUUUGAAAACCUGCAGCCCAACUCCAGCCAGCCCCCUCCUUAUGUCAAAUACAAGAUCCGCAUGGACGUCGAUGAAGUGGAGCGCACCAACAGCGUCAAAGAAAGGUUAUGGUCUCCUGGGGCCCGAGACAAUUCCUUUAACGACCUGCGCUAUAUAUGGGGAGGCUUCGCCUACCUGCAGGAUAUGAUGGACCACGGCAUUACAAAAGUGCAAACGUCAAAGACCCAGCCCCUCGGAGUUUUCGCCCAGCAGAUGCCAUACCCCUGUUUCGUGGAUGACGUGUUCCUCCGCUCCCUGUCCCGCUCGCUCCCCUUAUACAUGACGUUAGCCUGGAUCUACUCGGUGGCCAUGAUCGUUAAGAGUAUCGUUGGCGAGAAAGAGGCGCGGAUCAAGGAGACAGUGAGGAUCAUGGGCCUGAGGAGUGCCAUCUAUUGGCUGAGCUGGGCAGUGUCGAGUUUGCUUCUGCUGGCCGUCAGCGCCGUCCUCCUUGCCCUUAUACUGAAGUACGGGAAAGUGCUGCAGUACAGCGACCCCUCGGUGAUCUUCGUCUUCCUGCUGGUGUUCUGUAUGUCCACCAUCACUCAGUGCUUCUUCAUCAGCGUCUUCUUCUCUAAGGCCAACUUGGCGGCGGCGUGCGGCGGCCUCAUCUACUUUGUCCUCUAUCUGCCGCACAUCCUCUGCUACGCCUGGAGGGACAUCAUGGGUUUCGGGGCCAAGGUUGCCGUGAGUUUAUUGUCAUGUGUGGCCUUCGGCUACGGCUGUGAGAACUUCUCCAAGUACGAGGAGCAAGGCAUCGGUAUCCAGUGGCACAACAUCAACAAGAGUCCAGAGGAGGGUGAACGCUACACCUUCCUACUGUCCAUCAUCAUGAUGCUCUGUGAUUCCCUCAUAUACUGGAUCCUCACCUGGUACAUUGAAAACGUCUUUCCAGGCCAAUAUGGAAUCCCUAAGCCGUGGUACUUCCCUUUCACUGCGUCUUACUGGUGUGGCAGAGCCUCAGUGACCCGUGUUGACACCGGUGAUUUGAGGGACUACAGCCUACAUAAUGAAUAUCUGGAGAAACCGCCGCCCGACAUGAAGGCCGGGGUCUCAGUCCGCAAUCUUGUCAAGAUCUACAAGACGGGAAAGAAGCUGGCCGUCGACGGACUGACCGUGGACUUCUACGAGAAUCAGAUCACAUCUUUCCUCGGCCACAACGGAGCCGGAAAAACCACCACAAUGUCAAUCCUGACAGGACUGUUCCCGCCCACAUCGGGCACCGCUCUCAUCAACGGAUACGACAUCCUCACUGACAUGGACAGGAUCAGGAAGCAUUUGGGAAUGUGCCCACAGCACAACGUCUUAUUCAAUGAGCUGACGGUGGAGGAGCACAUCUACUUCUACGCCCGGCUGAAAGGACACAGCCGCGACGAGGUGAAAAGUGAGAUGGACCAGAUGAUUGAGGACGUCGGUUUACCACAUAAGAGGAAGGAGCUCGCUAAGAACCUGUCGGGCGGCAUGCAGAGGAAGCUUUCCGUGGCCAUAGCGUUUGUCGGAGGAUCAAAAAUCGUCAUCUUGGAUGAACCGACGGCAGGAGUGGACCCCUACGCCCGCAGGGGCAUCUGGGAACUGCUGCUCAAAUACAAGCAAGGUCGCACCAUCAUCUUGUCCACGCACCACAUGGACGAGGCGGACAUCUUAGGGGACCGCAUCGCCAUCAUCUCCCAGGGCAAGAUGCGUUGCUGCGGCUCCUCGCUCUUCUUGAAGAAAAGCUUUGGCAGCGGCUACUACCUCACCCUGGUCCGAGACGAGACCGAGAAGAUGGCCGCUCAGCGUAACGGUAUCAUCCACAGUCAGGCCGCAGAGGAGAAAGACUUCCCUUCGAGGAGCAGCCUUGAUGACGGCAUCGGCAGCCAGAGCUGGGGCAGCUUAGAUCCCUCAGAUCUGACAGCUGUGGGUCAACUCGUGCGGCGCCACGUCCCCGAGGCGGUCUUCUUGGAGAGCAUCGGUCAAGAGAUCACCUACAUACUGCCCUACAGCGGAGCCAGAGAUGGGACCUUUGCUCUGCUCUUCAAAGAGCUCGACCUGGCCAUGGCUGACCUCGGCCUGACCAGCUACGGCAUCUCUGACACCACACUGGAGGAGAUAUUUCUUAAAGUGGCAGAAGACACUGGAGUGGAUGCAGACAUUCGAACAGUGGAGCCGGUUGAGAGAGACUGCGAGAGGAGCCCCCGCAAAUCCAAGCGAAACAGCAUCGCCAGCCUCCACACAACAUCCGCACAACCACAACAAGUCUCCGGGAUGACUGAGUUGAAGGAACGAUUUACAAGUAAAGUGGAAGACUUGCAGAGGAGCAGCGCAGUCGGCGGGAGGGGAUCCACCGUCAUCACCGGGUGGGAGCUGAUCAGGAGGCAGUUCCUGGCGCUCUUUAUCAAGCGCUUCCACCACGCCCGCAGGAGCCGCAAGGGAGUCAUUGCCCAGGUGAUCCUGCCUGUUUUGUUCGUGUGCAUGUCUCUGAUCUUCUCACUCAUCGUCCCGCCGUUCGCUGAAUAUCCCAGUCUGGAGCUGCAGCCCUGGAUGAACGGCCUGCCUCAAACCACAUUUUACAGCAACGACGGGCCAGAUAACGUGGAGGUGUCUCAGGUGGUGGAAACGCUCGUGAACAACCCUGGAUUUGGGACUCGCUGCAUGGAUGGAAACCCGUUACCGAUGUUGCCAUGUUCCUCUAGUGGCUCUGACUGGUUCACUCCACCCGUAGAUCAGUCGGUCAGCGACAUCUUCCUCAACGGGAACUGGAGCAUGUCCAACCCCUCCCCUUCCUGUCAGUGCAGCACGCCUAAACGGACGAUCAUGUUGCCCGACUGUCCCCCUGGAGCGGGAGGGCUCCCUCCACCUCAGAGGAUCCAGAACACGACAGACACAUUGGAGGAUCUCACCGGGCGGAACAUGUCAGACUUCCUACUCAAAACUUUGGAGCACUCGGGUAAAACGAGGUACGGGGGUGUAUCUGUUGGAGGACUCAACUCACAAGUCCGUCUCACUGAGGGAGAUAUCGAGGUUGUAUUCAGGGAUCUGAGAGACCUGCUCGGUUCAUUUCAGGAUAAUGUCACUGAUGAACUCUUACAGAAGUCUGAGUCGCUGCUGAAGAAGCUGGGAACCAGGGACAACGUUAAGGUGUGGUUCUACAACCAGGCAUUUCACGGCAUGGUGUCUUUCCUCGGUGUGGCCAACAACGCCAUCCUGAGGGGAAACCUGCCGGCGGGAGAGGAUCCCCGCCAGUACGGCAUCUCCGUGUCCAAUCACCCCCUCAACCUCACCAAGACGCAGCUCUCCUUUGUGGCCAUGGCCACAGCCUCCAGCGACGUGGUGGUGUCCAUCUGCGUUAUCUUCGCCAUGUCCUUCAUCCCUGCCAGCUUCGUCCUCUUCCUCAUCCAAGAGCGGGUGAACAAAGCCAAGCAUCUGCAAUUUGUCAGCGGCGUGAACCCGGCUGUGUACUGGUUGGCCAAUUUUGCCUGGGACAUGUGUAACUACAUCGUCCCGUGUUUGAUUGUGAUUCUCAUCUUCGUCGCCUUCCAACAAAAAGCCUACGUCUCGCCCCCUAACCUGCCUGCGCUGAUUUUGCUGCUCAUUUUCUAUGGGUGGUCCAUCACCCCCAUGAUGUACCCCGCCUCCUUCAUCUUCAGCGUUCCCAGCACGGCCUACGUGGUGCUGACCUGCGUCAACCUCUUCAUCGGUAUCAACGGCAGCGUGGCCACCUUCUUCAUGGAGCUCUAUGACGAUGAUAGCGUCUCCAACAUCAAUGACAUAGUGAAGCAGGUGCUGCUGAUAUUCCCACAUUUCUGUCUGGGCAGAGGGCUGAUUGACAUGGCCAAGAACCAGGCAAUGGCCACGCUCUUCAUCAGCUUUGGGGAGGACCGUUUCGAGGAUCCACUCAGCUGGGAUAUGGUGGGAAAGAAUCUCUGUGCCAUGUCCAUCCAGGGAGUUGUCAUGUUUGCCGUCACAAUCCUCAUCCAGUAUAAGUUCUUCUGCAAACCGAGGCUUAUUUCUGGGAAGUCAUUAUCUGCAGAGGAGGAGGAUAUCGAUGUUGCACGGGAGCGUGAGCGAGUGUACGAAGGCAAAGCCCAGAAUGACCUCCUGAAGAUCUGUGACCUCACCAAGGUAUACUCUCGGAAGAGCACCCCCGCUGUGGACAGGCUAUGCGUGGGCGUACCUGCUGCAGAGUGUUUCGGCUUGCUGGGAAUCAAUGGGGCUGGGAAAACUACCACGUUCAAGAUGCUGACAGGAGAUAUCCCGGUCUCUGGUGGAGAGGCCGUCCUAAAUGGAUACAGCAUACGGACGGAGAUGAGCGAGGUGCACCAGAACAUGGGCUACUGUCCCCAGUUUGACGCCAUUGAUGACCUGCUCACAGGACGGGAACAUCUGGAGUUUUACGGCAGGUUACGAGGAGUGCCAGAGCACGAGGUCGCCAUGGUGGCAGAGUGGGGAAUCCAGAAGUUGGGGCUCGUCAAAUAUUCCAACAAAUCGGCAGGGACCUACAGCGGUGGGAACAAGCGCAAACUUUCCACGGCCAUAGCCCUGAUCGGCUGUCCUCCAGUCAUCUUUCUGGAUGAGCCGACUACUGGGAUGGAUCCGAAGGCCCGCCGUUUCUUAUGGGACUGCAUCCUGAGUGUCAUCAGAGAGGGACGCUCAGUCAUUCUCACUUCACACAGCAUGGAGGAGUGCGAGGCCCUGUGCACACGCAUGGCCAUCAUGGUAAACGGUCGCUUCAAGUGUCUCGGCAGCAUCCAGCAUCUGAAGAGCAGAUUCGGAGAUGGCUACACGGUGAUCGUGCGGGUCGGGGGCUCUCCUCCGGCCUUGAAGCCCGUCGAGGACUUUGUCCUGCAGACCUUCUCGGGCAGCGUCCUGAAGGAGAAGCAUCACAACACGCUGCAGUACCAGCUGCCGUACACACAGGGAGCACUGGCCACCAUCUUCAGCCAGUUCACCAUCCACCAGCAGCGGCUCGGUGUGGAGGACUACUCUGUGUCACAGACCACUCUAGAUCAGGUGUUUGUGAAUUUCGCGAGGCACCAGCACAUCGAGGAGGAGGCUCAGGGCUACGACAACCCGGUGGACACCUCAGAUGAGAAGCCCGUCGCAGAGAAGGUGUAACGCCCAUUAGGAACACAGAUCUACUAUAGUGGGCCCGCAAUAUACACAAAAUCUAAAUUUAAUGGUUCUGAUGUUCCAGCCGUGAGUGAUGUACGAUAUUUAACCCUUAUUACUGCAAAGUGCAUCGGCAGGACCUUCAAAAAUUGUUUUGAACCCACCACAUCAAUUCCUAACACUGAUCAAUAAAAAAAUCUGUCAGUCAAUCGCCCGUAAAACCUGCAAAUACCCGCUAAUGUUAAGUUAUAAGUGUUUGUGGGGUCUGCAUGGCAACUUAUGUCAACGUACAUUUAACCAAAUAAUCAUCUUUAAAGCAGCAAAUCCAAAAGUUCUGAAAUACAAAUGUCUUGACCUGCAGCACUGAUUGUAUUGUCUCCACCCAGUGUGGACGCCACGUAAUGAACCGAUCUGGAGUCAGAUCACGCACACGUGAUGCAAUGUUGAUUUUACAGACGUUCCAUUUCGUUGAAAGUUUACUGUUGAUCUUGAUACAUACCUCAAGAGAGUGCACGGGCCAAACCAUCCCUGAAAGCAUCAUGGAUUGCACAACAACCAGGAAACCUCAGUGCCGACUUUCAAAUUGAAUUGCAACCUUUUUACAUUUUAAAAUUGUGCUUGUUCCGUACAUUUACUUUAGAUUUUUAACGAUGAUAUUAUGAGCUGUAAAAUUCAACCCUUAUGACUUAUUAUUGAUGACACUGAAUUAAUGAGGUCAGAUAUUUGACGCACUCCAAAAAACUUCAUCACUUUAGAUUUUUACAUUUAAUGACACAAACAAAUAAACUCAACAAAUGAAUAGUACAAAUCUUUGGUCAACACAGAUUCCAAAAGACAUUAAACCACCGUGAGUUUCACUCUCUCAAAUGUUGUGCCUCUGAAUUUCUCUUUAGCACUAAGGAUUUUUUUGUCAUAAGGCAUUCUGGGUAUUGGCACUGGCGUAUUGAUCCGUGACCACCAGAGAUCAGUGGCAGAACUCUGCUGAUGAAGUGAAUAUGUUUUUGCCACAGUGAGCCUUCCAAACACCCGGUGGUAAUACUGAAAACCUGAUUGGAAACGGGUGAUGACUCUGCAUAGCAAUGGGCCUCAUCUGCAAAGUUCAAAUGUCUUGGCUACGAUGCCUUAUGCAAGGAUAUGGAGCAUUUUUACGGGAUUGACCCUUUGCAAAGUCCAGCCUCCUUAGUGACUAUUACUCCUGCUGUCAAGCCUCCUUGUUGCAGGCUGGGGACAACGAAAACGGCGACAGAGUUUCCUUUUCAAACUAACAGUAAUUUCUGGAACGCUGAAUCUUUGUGGUAAACAAGAGUAGACAUUCAUUAUGCCUGGAUAACAACCACUGUGGGCUAUUUUCUCAACUAAUAUCAGCUGUGUUUUUGUGCCUCCAGUUAACUUAUCUUGAAAUAGAAUCCCUGCACAAGGGUCUUAAAUGUAAAUGGCAGAUUUCCCAGGACAGAACUCUGCAUCCCCACAGUUGAUGAUCCACUUUUGCACAUCUGAUCAACCAAAUAAAGGAGCAGCAUCGUUCUUGUGUUGCAGUUUGGAGCUAGUUGGACCUUUUGUUCUAAUUUAUGUUCGCAUGGGUAAACAAGAGGUUAUGGUAAAGAACCUGGAACCCCAAACUGGUUCCAGUUAAUGCCAUGGCCUCAGAAGUAACUCUAGAUUAACACUGUAGUUGACAUAUUGGCUUUGUAGCUGGAUAUGUUGACGUUCCUACUCCAUCGAGUCACGGCUGCUAAGCUGCGAUUGGAUAAUUAUUGCUCAGCGGAGGGGCUUAGUGGAAGCUCAGUUAUGACUAGGAAACAACCUUUUACAACAAUUCUUAAAAUUAUAAAAUACAAAUAUUUUUAAACUCUUAUAUUGCUGCAAUUUAUAUAAUUUUUAACAAGAUAAUAAUUACAAUGUUUGCAAUAUGUACAUAUAUUGUAUUAAUAUGUAUGUAUGAACACAAUCUAUAACUGUAAAAGAGUUAUUUAUUGCUAUAUGUUUACUGACGUCAUUGAAAGUUUAAGUGUCUUAAUGGUAUAAAAUCAGGGAUGUCACAUAAACAGAAAUUUGGUGAUUGCUCCCUAUUGAAAUUCCACAUAUAUAUAUACAAACAUAUAUACAUCUGGUAUAUAUGUUAUUGUCGAUACCAUCAAAAUUUGGGCAUUGAUUUUUGUCCUGAAGUACCGUUUCCAUGACGCCUCUAUUUAAAACCAUAAAGCUUUUAAUUUUGAAGCUUACAGCACUUCCCUGUAAUUUGCUGCUCACAGGCGCUUUAUGGUUUACUUUCAGCCUGUGACAUAAUUUGUAUGCUGUGCCUACAUAACCAUCAUGUAAUGCAAGGAAUAAAGAAUAAUGGAACCACUUUGUACUGAAUAUAAUAUUCUUGUCAAGACAAAUGAUUAAACAUUUGCACAAAUUGUAAUAUGACUCAGAAUUUAAUAUUUGUACAUUUCUGUGUUUGGCCAUUGAAGGUCUCUCUCGCUCAUCAGUGUACAUACUGUGUUAUUGUCUCAUCCUAUUUUCACUCACUCUGUCUUUCUCUGAGUCCAGUUUUCAGUUGCAGGUUCACGUGGAGUCUCCCACACGUCCAUCCAAUAGCUCCGACCAUGGGGGAUAUUGAAUUCACACUGCAGUACAAUGGAACGCUGCCUGAGCUCUGGGGCACGCCGCCAGAGGCAAUCAGCCGGGUGGGAACUUCACAGAGGCGAUAAAACCGGAGUCUUAAGAUGUAGGUGCCGAUUCUGUGGUUGCUCCGAGCUCCAAGCACCGAGGUGUGCCAACAAACGUCUGGGCUACAUUUACAUUGAUCUGAUACAUUCAUUCAAACUUCACGGUUGGUGCAACAUCGGAUCAACUGCUGGGACAGUGGCAGUCAGUCACCUAUCCACCAAUCAGAUGGUCGCUGUGGACAAUCCAAUCUACCGCCAUUAAAAAAAAGUUACGGCAAUGGUGCAGUAUCAGGUUCCGGCUUUUGUUUAUGCUAUUUGUUUUGCCAAAGAUUUCUUAUUUUGCGCGAGGGGUGAGGCAUUCAACUGUUCAGAGCACCCACAGCAACACAUAUCGGCACCUGUGAUUACAGAGGUUUACUUUAGCCAAGAAGGUAGCAUUUGAAUUGACUUGAACCACUGCACUUAAACUUUAUGGACUCUGCAUUCACAGCAGCGGCAGCAGGGUUGUAUCCCCCGGUGCACUUUAACAUGUCUUAUUCAGACCACAGUGGACUCUCUCUGCCGGUGUAUAAUCGGAGCGGAGAGGCUGCACUGUAGCACUGUUUUGAAUUCAGGCCGGUUCAGCUCACCUCCACUUUGCAGUGACCCAGCGCUCCUGACGAGCCGCAGUGCUUCCAGACACCGGCGUGACGCAAUGAAUAGAUUUUUUUUUAAUGGACACCUCCAGCUCUCUUUACCCAAGGCAACAACUGUGUACACACCGCCUUGUUUUCGCACACUCCUCUAACAAGCUGCCGAGCUGCACCGCCGAGAAAACGGCUGCUUAAGUGAGAACAAUUGAUAUUUGAGUUAGCGACGUGCUGAAUGAGGGAAGCAGGAGAGCUGCUGUGUUGUGAUCCUGAGCCAGAAGGAAAAGCGAUUUGUUCUUCAGCGGCAUUCGUCAGAGCGUUUAUGCUAUUAGUUGUUUUUAAGGAGAUGAUUAAAAACUGUUAAAUGGGAAUAUUUAGCCAAACAACACUGUGUGUUUUCUUCUGCUACAGUCACUCAGGAUGACAUGGUUUAUUUCUAACCAUUCAAUCUUUAUAAAGCAACACAUUCUCCUUAGUAGAGGCAAACAAGUAUUAAAGCUGCGUUUGACAAGUCUGUUUUGCAUUAGUGUACAACCCAGUCAAUACUCUCUCAUAUUAAGUGUGUUUUUUGAGCUGGAAACUAAAUUAUAUGACUGUUCUUUGAUUAAAUACAUUAAUGCUGGUUGUAAUAUCACAUUUAUUACUUAAAGAAGAAAAGUGUAUUCAAAGAUUCUUCAAUAUAAAUACGUAAGAUGAAUAAUUGGCAAACAGGUGAAGCCACCUCUUAAGCUUUGUGUGAGGUUCAGCUGUAGCCUGAGUAUGUGGGAAGUGAAUUGAGGGGACACACACACACACACACACACACACACACACACACACACACACACAGAUGGAUUGUAUCUGCCUCACUUGGCUGUGAGAGUUGUUAUUUUACAUUAAAGCCACAAAAGCCCCAGCGUCGGUAAGUGCUUAGUGGAGGAGAGGUGUUGAUUGGAGAGCUGCCGUUCAAAAACCACGACAAGUGUUGGAAUGAGGGAAUCAGAUUUUAAUCGGCAUGAGAAUGGGCUGAGAACAUUUGUUUACUCUGAUUAAAUUAAAACAGUUUUCCCCUGAAAUUAAGAACUGGCUUGAAAAUGCUUGUUUUAAAAAUGUCACACUUUGUUUAAUUAAUCCAGAUAAUGAACAGUUUGGGGAAAUGUGUUUGUAAUUAAAGACUUUUGCCUUUGUUGUGCAAAAAUGAAA